CAUAGGUGGCGCCGUGGUGGAGUGGUUGGGUACCAAAAUGGCUACCGAACAGGAGAACGCGACGUGCGUUCUGUGGUUUCAUGAAAACAAAUCUGUAAUAACUGUUCAAAGACGUUUUCGCUCAGAGUACAACCGUGAUCCUCCUAGUAAGGACUCCAUAAAACGCUGGUAUCAGGAAAUGUCGAACAUAGGAAAGGUGCUGGCAGGCCACAUGUCUCCGAAGACGUUGUUCAUCGAGUGAGAGAAGCUUUUACGAGAAGCCCAGCUACAUCGACUCGUCGCGCGAGUUUGUUAUUGGGAAUACCGCGAUCGACAGUUAUCAAGGUUAUGCAUAAGCGCUUAAAACUUCAUGCAUACAAAAAUCAGUUGUUGAAAGCACUAAAAGUUGACGAUAAACCACGUCGUUAUGAUUCCGCCGUGCGCAUCCUUGAUGAAAUCGACCAAGACAACUCAUUCUUAGAAAAAAUAAUUUCUGAUGAAGCAAUCUGCCACGUUUCCGGUUAUGUUAACCGUCACAGUUGUCGGAUUUGGGGUACAGAAAACCCUCAUGAAGUUCCAGAGAAAGAACGAUAGAGCCCAAAAGUUAACGUGUGGUGCGCAUUGGCUGUAGAUGAAGUGAUCCGACCAAUCGUCUUCAUCGAGCCUACAGUGUCUAGCAUUACAUACCUCGACAUGUUAGAGGGUCAUGCAAUACCACAAAUGGAACACUGACAACCGAACGUAUACUUCCAGCAAGAUGGCGCACCUCCACACUGGGGUUUAAUUGUUCGGAACUACCUACAGGGAAAAUUUCCUGAACGUUGGAUUGGCCGCGGAGGACCGAUUCCCUGGCCACCUCGAUCCCCCGACAUUACACCCCUGGAUUUCUUUCUUUGGGGGUUUUGUCAAAGACAGGGUGUACGCAAGGAAUGUUCGCGACAUUGGUGAACUAAGAAGACGAAUCAGUGAAGUCACUGGAGGAAUAACUGCUGAAAUGCUCCGUAACACAUGGCGCGAAAUUGAAUACCGCCUGGAUAUUUUACGUGCCACACAUGGAGCUCAUGUCGAAGUUUAUUAAAGUGGUAAAAUGUUGUAAAUAAAACUAUUUGAAAUGGCCUAUUAAAUAAAACAACAUACACAGAUAUAUCAUACAGUCAAGAAAUUUAUUUGGAAAAGAUGACCAGCGGAGAGACUAGUUUUGAUAUGUCAUUUCCAAAGUUGGCUGUUACAUCACCAGAGGGCGAGGUCUUAGAUGCAUAUCGCCAGGUUGGUCAACAAAGGAAAAAAUUGAAGACGAUAAGGGAAAGGAAUUUAAGGGCAAACCUUCCUCCCCGCCUUUCAAAACGUCAAAAACAAUUACAGCGUUUGAUGGAAGCAGAAUAUGAUACAAGCAGCUCAGGAUCAGAUUAUGAUGAGAGAUUUGCUGUCGUGGGUGAACUACUCCAUAAACUUGAUAUGGUAGAAGAGAGCAUAGACAAAUUAUACAUGAUUUUAUACAAGGUUACGACUGGCCGUGCAAAAGAGUAUCAAGUUAUAAAUAAUGGGCUCGCAGAGUUAGACGCAUUGAAUAUGAUGAAGGCAGAUAAAGAAGAAGUGAGAAAUGCUCUGGCACAAAAGGCUAAUGAUGAAUUAUUGGAAGAAAAAACUUCACAGGAACAAUUCAACAAUUUUUCUGAUGGCGCAUGCAGAGAUUUGGAUGGGGUCCUUCAAAAACUGUCACAACAGGAGACUAAAAUCAAACAGUAUCUUCCUGAGGCCAAGCGUCAGUUUAAGAACAAAUUGAAAGAAUUUGUUGACAUCAGAUUCACAGUUUUAGAAGAAAGACUCGUGGCAGCAGCCAACCUAACAAAGGAAAUGAGGGUUGCAGAGAGCAAAAUAAAAUCUUUCAGGGAUCCCAACUUUUCAUUUGAGAGUGAAGCUGUGAAGAACAUCAAGGAGCACAGAUUCCAACCUUACGAACAUCUGUCACCCAUAGACAACGCAGCACAUAAGCUCCAAGAACUUCGCACACAAGAUAAGACAUUACAGGAGGAACGAGACCGCCACCGUGAUGCUCAUAUGCUCACCACAACGGAAGAGACGUACUCACCGCUGCAGAGUUCUCCAGUAAUAGGUUAUAUGCCUGGCAUUGCUGGAAGAAUAUACCAAGACAGAAUGUUUGGUAAAGGACACGACAGAAUCAGAACAUCACUGGUAGAAUUUUACCCACAAGUACCAACAUUUUCUCCUCCAGUAUCUCCCAUUAGACCUGUAUCACCUGAAGCGGGAUAUUUCUUGACUCCUGCAAGACGUGCACCUCUCGCAGCAGCAUCAACACCAGUCUCUCAUCAAAUAGGCUCUCCAAAAUCUGCUCACACACGUGUAGGCCCUCUUAAACAAAAAGGAGCUGUGCAAAGACUCUUUCAAGAACCAGUGGGAUCUGUUGAAAUGCAUGCACACCCACCUAAACAGAAGAGAUCCAUUCCGACACGCAUUCCUAAACGUACUGGAUCUGCUAAAAUUCAUCCAGACACUCCUAGACCGAAGGGACCUGCUCAGAGACGCAUUCCUAAACAGAUGGGUUCUGGUGAAAUUCUUGAAGCCACUCUUAAACAAAAGGGAUCCACUCCAUCACGGCUUCCUAAACAGAAGACAUCUCGGACACAAACUCAAAUUGGAAAGCAUCAUCCCAGUCACACGCAAACAAGAUUAAGCAGAAGGGCCCAAACACCAGAUCCGGCUCCUAAAGGGAAAAGGCCACCUGCAACGAUCUAACCGCCUCUAAACAGAACGGAUCAGUUUAAAAUGUUCGAGGCCUUCCUAAAAGGAAGGGAUGGGUUUAGUAUCAUCUAGCUUUUCUGAACAGAAGGCAACUGCUGCAUCACCACCUCCAGGCUUCCAUGAAUUAAAAACCUCAUAAAGUUGUAAAAUUUCAAGUUUCACUGUUGACAGUAUAAAGUUGACUGAUGUUGACUGGCGAUUUAGAGGUGCUUCCGGACUCCACUAUCGGGGCGAUGAGUAAGCUGCAUUGCGAUGAAUUUUUGUCAGAUGGAUGGACUGUGCAGGGAUGAUAGGGAUAAGCAAAUUGAGGGAAGGGGUGGACAAGUGGUGCCUUACUGGCCAAGAUAUCAUUCCUUUAAGGAGUGGAUAAGAUGCUUCUAAGACUGGCUUAGGUGGAGAACAUCCUUCUUGUUCAUGUUGUCUAGUUGUGUCUUGUUUUCAUUGGCCUCUGUGAUCAUAUACUGAUGUCCUGGCAUCCUGUCCACCAAAUCCCGAUACAUGGACCAGAUGACCAUGGAGGGCACUGAGAUUCAUGAACAUGGAAGAUAACCUCGGCCUGAGCUGGUUAUGGAAGACUCUCAUCCCUUCCGUGAAAUAUUGUAGGAAGCUCGUGCUUUUCUGCCCCCUUUGGCUAGGAUGGGGUGGCCCAGGUCCUUCAAUGGCUCCCUUGCUCUGUCUAUCCUCUGCCUUGAUCCAUUUGUCUGGCCUGGUCUUUCUUAUCUUCAAAUGCUUUUCCAUGUGCAGCUUACUCAUUGCCCCUGAUGAUGGUUGCAGUAAGCACCUCUGAAACAUGGGUGUGUUUCUAAGAGGGUUCAUACUGCAACAUCCCAGAAGACAUUCAUGUUCAUAUUUAAAUGGUGUUAAAUUUACAAAUGAAUGUUGUUGUAAGGCUUGUACUGAAAACAAUAAAAUAUUAGUCAUAUGA